AAUACCAGCUUGUGGAAAGUACUUCUUUCAGCAAGCCAAAGACACAUAAACUCUGACUGUCCUAAAAUAAUGGAGCUUAAGAUUCUGUUUCUGCUUACAACGGCAACAGUCAUACUUGUCUGUACUACAGAUGCUAUGUAUAUCGGCAUCAGCUGUUGCACUCAGGUGGCCAAAGAUUUCAAUCCAAUGCAGCUGAGACAUGUGAAACAAUAUGAAAUACAGAAACAGGAUGGCAUCUGUGACAUUAAAGCUGUUGUGCUUCAUUACAAGACUAAAUUCUACUGUGUGGAUCCUGAAGGCAAACAUGUAAAGAAAUGGUUAAAGAAGAAACAAAGUGGUAGAAACAACAGAGAAGAUCAAACGCAAAUGCACUUAAAUAUCUGGAACUACCUUAACUAGAAAAUGUGAAGGACAAUGUACACACCUUAAUAUUAUGCAGCUCAUACCCGCAGGCCUAAAUUCUCGCCACCAGACACCCUAGUUUGCUGGUGUCCAUAUUCACAUGGUCUUGCUGCUGUCUGGAUCACAAACUGAACAUAGCUCAACCUUUUCAAUGCAAAAAAGUGUUUUAUUUAUCAGUUUCACGGCUUGCAGAAAUGUGAAAAUGUAUUUUUACCUAUCAAUAAGGUAAUUGUUAGUUAACAAUACUACAUGAAAACAGAAUCUGAAUUUAUGUAUUUGCUGUCUUUAUAUUUAUUUAUUCAGUAGCAGGGUAAAUUCAUUGUACAGAAUUUGAUUUACUAUUGUGCAGCAACAGUAUUGUAAAUGCCUUGGCUAAAGUACACUGAACAUGCUCCCUAAAAUGUUUGUUAUUUAUAAAUGAUCUUUUUGUUUUUGGAUGCAUAAAGGCUCAGACUUCUGUAAAUUGUUUUCUUACUAUUUUUUCAUUUAGAAGCAACAUCUUUUUUCAUUUCUGAUGUUUAGUGUGUGAGAAGCAGUAUGGUUUUGUCUGUCCAUGUCAUGAUUUCCCCAACUAUAAAAUAAAAAAAAAUCUCUCUGUAACUUUGAGGAAACAGUCAUGUAAUUUAAAGGUAAUACUAUUUGAAAUGUUUCUUUAUCAAGUGGUGAGAUUAGAACUUUUAUUCAAGCGACAGGACUUGCUAUAUCACAAAUGUGAAAUAUGCUUCAGUAUUCGAUUAAAAAUAAAAAUUUAGUUGUUAA